GGGUCAUAUUUGUGACAAGAAUUAAGUGGACUACACAUAUGUAGGCACUGACAGCAAAAUAUAUUAUUCUAGCGUUCAAGGCGAAAAAAUGCGAUGUCAGGACUCAGUGGGAAACAAUACGGAAUAACUCCGAACUCGCACGUGGACGAACAAAAACAAAGCAAUGUUGACCAUUUCAUAAUUGAUACGUGUGCGGAUGAAAUAUAUUAUUGUGAAGAUUGCAACAAUGACUUUGACAGCAUCGAAUCGUACAACCAGGCGCACAGUGGCCCCAAUGGAUGUUCGGCUACUGUCGAGGCCAGAUCUAAAGUUACGGUGCCCGCUGUUGAAAUUAAAGAUGAGUUUGAGGACAACUCAAUAGAUAUUGAUUCCAUGGUCGUCGAGGAUGACUUGAUUGAGGAGUUAGAUGAGGCCAGCGAACCGCAGCUUUGGGAGGUACUGGAUGAUGACGAGCUAGUGCACACAACCGAACCAGAAGUCCACAAUGAAGCCGAAAUCGCAACCGAAGCUGAGGCAGAGGCUGAGGAACUGCCUAACAAAUCAGAACGUUAUUUUUGUUUCGAUUGUCACAGCAUAUUCGAGACUCGCCAGAGCGCCGAGGACCAUAGUUGCCCACAGGCCGAAGCAAAUGGUGAAGCACGCAGCAAAAACAACAACACCAAAUUAUCCAAAGCCCAGACACCAAUGCGCCGAAAAGGUGCAGCUACAACAGCUUCCAGCAACAACAACAACAGCACCACAGUUUGCGACAUUUGUAAAACGCAAUUCAGCUCGGCCAAAUGCCUUAAAUUUCAUAUGCGCAUUCACAACAAACGUGCCUCAAAGUCCAUACAGGAUGCGUUACCCGUGGGUGCACAUCAGCAGUACAGCGAGUUGGAUCAGUUUUAUUGUGAGAUUUGCAAUAAGAGCUUUGAGCAGAACCUGUUGACUGUGCACAAACAGAUGCAUCAGAGCCAGCAGCAGUUUCUGUGCGGCACUUGUAAUCGCAAAUUUGAAAACGUGACAAACUAUGAGGUGCAUUUGAAGAUUCAUGAACGUCAUGCUCUGAACAGCAAUAGCAAUGCCAAUAAAAAGCCCGCCAAUGUGAACAAGGAUAAGCCAGGAUUUGCCUGCCAAUACUGUGAGCGUGUCUUCUCUCGCCCCUACGAGAAAGUGAAGCACGAGCGCGUCCAUACGGGUGAAAAGCCGUAUAGUUGCGAGGUGUGCGGAAAAACCUUUCGUGUCUCCUACUCAUUAACCCUACACCUGCGUACACACACUAACAUACGACCCUAUGUGUGUACCACGUGCAACAAGCGAUUUAAAUCGCAUCAGGUUUACUCGCAUCAUUUGCGCAUUCACAGCUCGGAUCGUCUGUAUGUUUGCGAUAGCUGCCCGAAAUCCUUUCGCACCUCUGUACAGCUCUAUGCCCAUAAGAAUACGCACACGAAGCCGUAUCAAUGCGCCGUCUGCAAUCGUCCCUUUGCCUCGCUGUAUGCUGUCAAAGCGCACAUGUCGACUCACAGAACAGGCGACGCGAAGAGCAUCAGCAAUGCUGCCAUCAAGAGCCAACAGCUGUCCAACAAAUAUUGGUGCGUUACUUGUGGUGCAGAGUAUGCACGUCCGUUUCCUCUACGUCUGCACAUGAAAGCCGCCCAUGGUCAUCCGGACGACGCGGACACACGAUUAGCCAAAGUGCCUGCUCCGGAAGAUGACGACGACGAGGAGAUCAUUGUUCCAGACACUGAGACGGCGGUGCUCAUCGCAGCAGCUAAGGCCGAUUCAGCCUAUCUAGAUGCAGCCGCGAAUGAUGUGGACGUAAUGGGUGCUGUGCCCAAGUACGAGGAGUGCAUUGAGGUAUCCACAGAUGCGUUCGAUGUGGAGACAUUUCACAGCGAGGAAAUAAUCACCGACUGGCUAAAGUGAAUGAAAAUAUGUGCAAGAUACAGAAACAAUUUUUAUUGGAACAAAACUGGCGCAUUAACUAGUAUAUUUAUUGCUGGCGUACAUUGAGACCAGUCCAUUGGGUUGAAUGUUGCAUAUAUAAUAAUAAUAAUAAUAAUAAUAAUAGUAAAUGUAUAAGUUAAGAAAAUUGAAAUGA